GACGUGUGAUGCUGUGGUGCCGGAGAUUGGACUCAUGUAGUAGUGACGUCGAUGCCAACUUUGGUGGGGCGCAAAAUAAAGACAACUGGCAAGUUAUCGGAGUGUUACUUUUGAGUGGUGCCCCGGUAUUUGACUCAGCCUCCCUGGCUGGCAUGGCAAAAAGAUCAGAAAAAACUUGCAAUUGAAAAAAAUUAAAAAACGCCGCCAACCCUUUCUACUCCUCCUCUUCUCUUAAAUUAUAAUCAACAUGCUUCGUUCUGCUGCUGUUCGUGCUCGUACUGGUGCCGUUCGUAUGGUCGGUCGCCGUAACGCCUCUACUAACGUUUCUGUCCAAAACAUUGAAACUCGUUGGAAGACUCUUUCUACUGCCGAACAAAACACCAUUGCUAAACAACUUGAAGAAGCACAAAAGGGUGACUGGAAGGUUCUUUCUCUUGAAGAAAAGAAGGCUGCCUACUACAUUGCUUUUGGCCCUCACGGUCCUCGUGAACCUUUGACCAAGCCUGGUCAUGGCAUGAAGGUUGUUGGUGGUGUCUCUGGUGUUAUUGCUGCCUCCGCUGCUCUCUUCUAUGCUAUCCGUGUUAAUGGACAAGAAACUCCCAAGACUAUCAGCAAAGAAUGGGAAGAAGCUACCAACGAAUAUCUCAAGAGCCAGAACUCCAACCCCAUCACUGGUAUCUCUUCAGAAGGUUACAAAGGAAAGGGUUAUGUUACCAGCGAUUAAUAAAAUUCAACAUACACAAUUCUUCAAUUCAACUUAAAAGAAACACAAGGAAAUAAUCAACGCUUCUAUUCUUUUUAUGUAGACGAUAUCAAAAGGAUUAUUUUCUUUUUUCUUUUGUUCCUUUUUAAUAUAUAAAUUACAUGUAAAAGAUCUAACAAAAAUCAGUUCAUUUUUUUAUUAUUAUUUUACUCUUUUGUCAACUAAAAAGGCUAGAUGACAGAUAAUAUGGAUAUGUGAGAUAUUUGUGAGUUGUUGACGGCAUAGAGCAUAAUAAAGCAUUCAUUUGGUGUAAUACAUAUUACCUUGUUUAUCAAUAAAAGAAGAAUAUCAUGUAGUUUAUAAAGAUAUUCACAACACAAAAUAGAUACAGCAAUAAAACAAUUGAUCCACAUACAAAAUAAAUAAACACCUUCUUUAAGUUCAAAUGAGCUUAUACCAAUUUAUUCAGAAUGAGAAGGCUGAC